AUGGCCGUGUCCAUUGGCAAGGCUGCCGGCCUAGGUCACCAAAGCCCGCACGAAGCGGCCCUGACGGCUGCUGCCUCCGUUCACAAGGCAAUGAUCGAGAAGGGCGUGACGGAAGAGGAGGCUGUUGAAUUUGCCUCGUUUUGCUCCGGGCUGGCGGCUUCCGAGGUUGCCGGCUGCCCCACCGACUUGUCUCUUCAGUGUGGAGCCCUGGCCAUCGGCGCAGUGGUCGCCAAGCUGGCAGCCGGUGCCCAAGCCUCCAAGGAAAGCUGCAGGGAUUCGUGCUUAAGGCACAAAGGGGCUGGAAUCACAGCGAUGCAGCAACUAUGGCUGGGCAAUUCCUCAAAAGAUGCAAACACCAUUGCAAGCGACCACUUCGUCGCAAUGACAGCGAUGGCGACACACGAGGCUGCAGAAGCCGUGGCCCUCGCCAACGGCUUUGCGCCCCGGCGUGCAGCAGAGAUUGGCGCUGAAGAGAUCGAGAGCCAGAUGGAACUCCACGGCAAGGCAGUUGGUCUGGCCGACAGCAUGGGCUUCCAUGCGGCAUUCGGCAUUUCUGAGAGAAGCCCCUGCCUGUCAGUGCCCGCCGAGCAGAAGGGGAUGCCGCACUGCCGGCAGCAUCGCCCCGACAGGCUAAUCAAUCGGUACGGCAAUUUGCACAUCCAUGCGAACGUUUGGCGCAUUGCUCGUGUGGGCUCAGAUCCCACGCCAGGAGCAGCACCUGCAGCAGCCGCAGAAGAGGCCACAAAGGAUGUCGAUUGCCGAUUUGACGCUUCCGGCCUUGCCUUCUGCUCGCCGGAUGUCCCAGGCGGUCAGCCGUCUAGCUCACCAGGCAGCAUAGCGACCGCGUCCGUGACGUCAGUGGUGCCCAAUGAACAGUAUCCGGAGACUUCCCGGAUCCUCUCAUAUGGGCAACAUGAUGCGAGGCACAGCGCGAAGAGCCUCUGCGCGGUUGCUGCAGGAGUUCCGCAGGCCGUCGAUGCUCUCGAUGCAGGGCCCCGGUCGGUGAAGUGGACUUAUGGGUCCUUGAUUGUCUUCGCGGGCUUGAGAUACCGGAUUUGGGUUCCUCUUUUCGACCUUGCAGACAUCUUGAGGAGAGGGAAUCGGUUCGUUGCAGUGGUUGGCAGAAUCGACGGCGGCUUCAUGACUUGGAUCACGCAGGCCGCAGACCUUCAGAAGGAAGAUGCGUCUUGUAAGACCGAAAACAAAGCUGCCUGUUUCCUAGAGUUGGCAGAAUGCGAAAUCAAGUCACUGAAAGAUCGCCUCAUGAUGACGCCUCCCUCUCCAGCCCUGAGCGGCCCAGCGAUCCACGCAGCGAUCCUGUUAGCCCACGAGAGGCGGAUCCAGCGCCUCAAGACAGUUCUCCGAGGCCAGCCCUGGAAGAAUUGCUACGGCCAAAGCCGCCGAGCUUCCCCAUCCAGGCGAUGCCACCAGAGGACAAGCGAAGGGGCGCACGAGACCCUCGAGACAGGCCAACUCCGCGACUGCGUGGUGGGCCCGAAAGAGCCGAGAAGGUCCACCCCCCACGUGAGGGGGAGAAAGCUCAGACGUUCCUCCAGGCCUUGGAGAUGGCCAAGGCCCAGAAGCAGAGGGAGGGCGCCAUGGCGAAGCCGCCGAAGCGUGAGGAACGAAGCAGGCCAGCAAACAUUGCUGCAGAGCUUCGUGUUGCUGCGAUUCGCUCCAGUCAGCCUCAGGAGACGAGCCCAUCGAAAAGCCGCAGGAGAGCCUCACUUCUUCCAAGAAAGCGGACCCGUUUGCCCCGGACGUCAACGCGCUCUAUGUUGGAGCAGGGCAGCCGCGGCAGCAAGCGUCACCGCCUGGGUCGGAGGCAGCCUCGCGGGUAGCAUCGAAGGCGAAUAUGUCGCCGAGCCGAGCCGAGCCCUUUCUGAUACUUUUCGUCUCUUCCUUGAGAGCUGUGAAGCCUCCCUGGAGCUGAUUCUUUUCUUCCGAGGUGCGACCUGA